GAAAAGCAAUUGUAAUUUGUAAUGAGCAUAAAUAGAAAAACAGUUUGCAGCUUAUACACAGUAGACACAGCUCACGAGCCAUCUUCAUCAGACGAGUCAAUCAGAAACUAGGGUUUGUAAAAUUGUAAUCCGAAUGGCGAGUCGUCUUAGAUCUGCUCUCCCGCUCAUCAACAGAGCUCUCACCUCUUCUCAACGAUCAUCUGUUCCCCGAAUUCUCGCCAAUCCCGAGGUCUCGAGGAAUUUUGCUACCAAAGCUGCUCCUCCUAAGGAAAAGAAAGUUAAGGUGCCUUUGGCAUUGUAUGGAAUCUCUGGAAACUAUUCCUCUGCGCUGUACAUCGCUGCUACCAAACUUAACUUACUGGACAAGGUUGAGUCUGAGCUCCUUGACUUUCUUGAAGCUUCAAAGAACACCCCUACAUUUGCUCUGUUUAUGAAGGAUUUGUCUGUGCGUAAAGACACCAGAGUGAAGGCCAUAACUGAUAUCUGCACUCAUGCUAAGUUUUCAGAGGUUACAAGGAACUUCCUCGUUGUUUUGGCUGAGAAUGGAAGGUUGCCGCACCUUGAAAAUAUCACUAAGAGAUUCACUGAAUUAACAAUGGCAUACAGGGGAGAAGUUAAAGCAAUCGUGACAACCGUCAUUGAGCUGCCUGCAGAGGAGGAGAAGGAACUGAAAGAAACUUUGCAGAGUUUGAUUGGAAAGGGGAAGAAGGUUCACCUCGAACAAAAGAUUGAUCCUAGCAUUCUCGGUGGGAUAGUGGUGGAAUUCUCGCAAAAAGUUUUUGAUGCCUCCAUAAGGACUAGGGCAAGGCAGAUGGAGCGAUUCCUUCGUGAUCCCAUCAACAUUGACAAUCUUUGAGAGGUUUUAGACCUUUUUGGCCCAAGUGGCAUACACCCUUUCUAGAAAGUAAAAUUUGAAUGUACUACUUAUGAGGACAGUUUGUUCCUUGUUGCAAAUAAAAGGAGCUGCUUGUUCUUAAAAUUAUUUUGCAAGCCCUGAUAAACAUGCUUUCUCCUUGUUGAAAUUUCGUACUUUGUCUCCUUGCAAUUACAAAUUUAUGAUCCAAUUUUCUGUAAUUCUGGUUGUGGAAAUAAAUUUUUCCCUGGUAUUUAGAUGACA